GUUUUUCGUUCGUUUCGUUCGUCGUCGUGCGUGCGUGCGGCAAAGAUCGUAUCGUAUACCUAGUGAAGAAUAGAAUAGUUUGUUUUUUGGGUGCUCGAUUUGUAUAGCUUUUUUGCAUUUCAGUAAGCUUUAUUACAUUAAAUAUGCCUGAGAAUAAGUAUUUGGUGCAAUGCUACAAUCGUGGUUGCGGUCAAAUGUUUGACCCAAAUAAGAACGAUAAGGAUGAAUGCUGUCACCACCCUGGGUCUCCGGUAUUUCAUGAUGCCUAUAAAGGCUGGUCAUGUUGCAACAAAAAAAGUACGGAUUUUACUGAAUUCCUCAACAUUAAAGGAUGUACCAUGUCCAAGCAUUCAAAUGUGAAACCCCCAGAACCGGAAAAGAAACAAUUGGAUAAAGAAUUGGACAAGAAAGAGGUGAUUGAAGUGAGGGCGCCAGUAGCCCCUAAGUUGCCAAGACCACCAUUUCAUUCUCCCCUAACUACCCUUGAGUGUCGUAUUGCAGAUUCAUUGAAAGAACUGGUUCAGAACACGCCACAGAAAGCUACUACAGCAGAUGAUGGGAACAUUGCAAUUGGCACAUCAUGUAAGAAUGGGGGCUGCAAUGCAAGCUAUGAAGGGCCACAAACUAAUGGCUCUGUGUGUACUUACCAUUCUGGCUACCCCGUGUUCCAUGAAGGGCUGAAGUUCUGGUCAUGCUGCCAGAAGAGGACCACGGACUUCAACACAUUCCUCAGUCAGCCUGGCUGUACUACUGGUACACACAAGUGGACUAAAGAGGGUUCGCCAGCUGGAACAGUGAAAUGUCGCUGGGACUGGCACCAGACUCCAGAGCAUGUUAUUGUCAGCGUGUAUGCAAAGAAAUAUGACCCCACAAUGAGUUUUGUCAAACUAAACCCAAUCCGACUUAACACAAGACUAGUUUUCCGUGAGGAAGGUGACUCCGUGUUUGAGCUGGAUCUUGAACUUCGAGGAGUAAUAUCUAUAGAAAGCAGCAGUGCUUCUAUGCUGUCAACAAAGGUGGAAAUAAAACUCAAGAAAGCUGAGCCAGGCGCCUGGCCUAAACUUGAUUUCCCCCGGACAGAGCCCAAGAAAGUUGUGGAACAACCGCAGCCCUUACCCCAAGCACAAGUAGAAGAAGACGACUCUGUAGACUUGUCCACAGUAGAAGCCAUUCGAUCCAUGGGCAAAGUAAACAUGACUGAGUGAUGUAAAUAAUGUACAAACAUGCUGGAACAUUACAGGAUUUUUGUUUACAUAAGAGUAUUAUUAUGAGUGUUUUGUCAUCAUAGUAAAUGUGCAUUUAUUUGGCGGAGCAAAUAAAAUGUGCUUAUACUAUAA